AUGGAGCUCGCGCGACGUGAUGAAGUCAGGCUGACAAAUGAAGACCGCAAGGUCCUACGCCAACAGGUGAAACUCGACCGAGAGCUGGCGGAUCACCAUAUGAAGAUGGAACGAGAAGCAGCACAGGCCCGGGCCCUUCAGGCGGCAGAGGAUCGCAAGCAGCAGAGACAGGCCGAUCUGGAUCGGAAGGCCGCGGAGGCCAAGAAGGAGAAGGAGCGGGAGGAUCGGGCCGAGGCUCAGCAGCGAUCCCGUCAGAUGUUCGAGCUGGCCAUGUUGAAGGCCAUGGGGAUGGCAGUCACCCUACCGGGUGAUGGGCCGGCAGGUGAGGGAUCAGGGCCACGGGGGCCGUGA